AGUGAAUCACAUAUCCAACAGCAAAAGCAAAAAGUAGAAGCAAAGUAACGGGACGAUAUUGUAAUACUGGAGUUAUAUUAAAGAAACGUUAAUAAUUCAAAAUGGAACAACUCAUACAGAAUCAAAUGAUCUCGGCCGCCGUGCAGCUCGAAAAGCACCUUGACAGUGAACUAGACCGGCUGGAAAAUCUGAACACGGAUGAUCUGGACAAGCUGCGUGAACAGCGUAUCCAGCAGCUCAAGAAACAAGCUCAGCAAAGACAGGAAUGGAAAAACAACGGUCAUGGCGAAUACUCGGAACUGGCGGAUGAGAAAGAAUUCUUCGCGAUAUCGAAAAAGUCACCCAACAUUGUGUGCCAUUUCUAUCGCGACUCCACACCCCGUUGCCGAAUUGUGGAUAUGCACCUGAAGAUACUGGCCGCCAAACAUUUGGAAGCGAAGUUUUGCAAGGUGAACGCGGAACGCUGCCCGUUCCUCACAGAGCGCCUACGCAUUAAGGUGAUACCGAGCAUUGCGCUGAUAAAGGACAGCAAAACGAAGGACUACAUUGUGGGCUUUACCGAUUUGGGCAAUUGCGAUGAUUUCAGCACCGAGAUGCUCGAAUGGCGCAUUGCCCAAUCCGGUGCGAUCGAAUAUAGUGGUGAUCUCUUGACUCCACCGGAUGUGAAAAAGCAAAAGAAGCCAACUAACUUAAAAACCAUCCGUGGAGGAUACGAUUCGGAUGAUUCCGACAUUGACUUCGAUGAUUAAAUGCUUCAUUUCUACGUGACCUGUGUUGCGGUGCGUGAAGAGCGAAAGACAAAAAAGGCAUUCGUUGGUCUGGAGAAGUGUAUUACGCAUGUUGCCGAUGGUGAUGAGAUUGGUGUAUCUGGUCAGAAAGGUACGAUUCGAUUUACCGCAACUAAUUAUAAUUACAAAAUUGUAAUGUGACGUCGUUAACUAUUGCUUCGAUUUAUAACAAAAAAAACCCUCUAGGACAUAAUGCCGAAUAAUCUAAACUCUCUCCCAUCGGCGGGAUGAGAACGUCUUUUCUCACGUAGUGAGUCGAACAAUCUUAUCAAGCGAUGAAACAGAAGAGGUAGGCAAAUAUAGGAGUUCGCGCAAUCAUUGUGAAGAAGCGAACUGUUCGGAGUUUUCCUUCUACGAUAGGCAAAAACAAAAUUUUCACAGUAUUUAUCUAUGCUGGUACUGCACGUAUCAUUCGGUUCACCAUUAACCUUUUGUUUUCUAACCAAUAGUGCAACAGCAGGGAACAAAAUCACACUAGAAAGAUAGCUUUCAGCGCGCGCUUCACCAGUAAAAAUCAAAACCAUCAUACACCGACAAAUUGUAGUUGAUGUAUUGAUUUUGGUUUCCCGCGUACGAUAAACACUCACCCCCGGCGAAAAGGGUUUGGUUUAAUUUAGAGCUAUUUUGGAUCGUAACAAGAAGGAUGCAAUUCUUAUGCUUACACUUAACGUAAUAAUGUACUCUUUAUAGAAAGAAUAAAUCACCUGAAGAAGUGUUCUUCUAGUACUAUGAUUUUGUACAACGA